CUGCACACGAGCGAGGAAUCCAUAAAUGACCAACUCCGCGACUACUUCGCGCUGGAGUCUCUCGUAAUCAAUCCGAGAAGACCAGACUCUGAUCCAGAGAAGAAAGCCGAAGACGUACUAAAUAACAGCACCCGUCAGUUGGAAGACGGGCACAUAGAGACGGCGCUUCUCUGGAAGAAGAAAGAUGCCGAAAUGCCUGGCAAUUAUGAAACAGCCAUAAAAAGGCUCGUUUCAAUCGAGAAAAAAUUAGAUCGAGACGAAAAUCUAAAACAGAAAUACAACGAACAUAUGAACUCCCUAGUACAAAAGGGAUACGCCGAGAUAGCACCAAAAACCAAUACACCAGGAAGGACAUGGUACCUACCCCAUUUUGACGUUCACAACCCGAUAAAGCCGGAGAAGUUCAGAAUAGUGCAUGAUGCCGCAGCCAAAACAAAGGGGGUGGCAUUGAACGACUUCCUGCUCACGGGUCCAGACCUACUGCAGUCGCUACCAGGGGUCAUGAUGCGUUUUCGUCGCCAUAACGUCGCUGUCUCGGCGGAUAUCGCCGAAAUGUUUAUGCAGGUAAAAGUUAGACCCGAAGACAGAGAUGCCUUAAGAUAUCUCUGGAGAGGGAAUCGACGUAAUGAGGCGCCCCAAGAAUACAGGAUGACGUCGAUUAUUUUCGGUGCAGCUAGUUCACCCUGCACAGCCAUAUACGCAAAAAACUGGAAUGCUAAAAAAUACGUUGAAAAAUACCCAGAAGCCGUAGAGGCGAUCAUCCAAAAUCAUUACAUGGAUGACUAUCUUGACAGUUUCCAGUCAGUAGAAGAUGCGAUGAGAAUAUCAAAGGAAGUACGCGAUAUACACAAAAACGCGCACUUCACCUUAAGAAAAUGGGUUUCCAACGCGCCCGAAAUUGUGAGAGAAUUGGAACCUGACCGCGAGGCAACUGAGUCAGUUGACCUGAGCAACAACGAAAACGAAGAAAAAAUACUCGGACUAAUCUGGAAACCGAGUACCGAUCAGCUGAGCUUCAAUCUAAAGCUCGCUCGACUUCCGAUCGACGUGCUCCAUAAAAAACCAACCAAGAGGGAAGCACUGAAAAUAGUGAUGUCGCUGUAUGACCCGCUCGGCCUCGCCUCCCCAGUUACAAUUCGAGCAAAGCAAAUACUGCAGGAAGCAUGGAGACGAGGAACAGACUGGGACCAGGAGUUGGACGAAGACCUAACUGAACAGUGGUCCGCGUGGAUCCAACACCUGAAACGACUUAAAUUGGUGAGCAUACCAAGAUGCUACCCAGGAUUCAGCAACGCAUGUUCACUACAAGUCCACGUCUUUACCGAUGCCAGUGAAAGCGCCUACGCAACGGCAGUCUACUGGAGGGCAAUGACACCUGAUGGGAAGGUACAUGUAAGCCUCGUCAUGGCCAAGGCGAAGGUAGCCCCACUCAAAGUAACAUCCAUACCUCGCCUUGAGUUACAAGCUGCCGUGAUGGGAAGUCGCGGGUCAGUAUCAUCAGGUAAUGAAAACAACUUUAACGCUUUAAUUUUAUUACACAAAUCAUUGGAGAUCUAUAUCCUUAUUAUCCUGAUCUGUCAGUCGUUCUUCAAGAACAGAAUAAUGAUUUAA